CACACCAGGAAAAAGCAUUUUCCAAAUUCCAACUCAAAACUUUGAGCUUCUUCUCUCAGGCAAACAAAAAUGGCAGUAACAGGAACAACAGGAUUAGUUCUUAACUUGGUUUCAGCAUCAUGGGAUACAAAGCCAAUAAAAAGAAUAACUAAUCCAACCACUAUCCCAAACCCUUCUGUCAGGAACCCUAAAGCAAAAUCAACUACUAUCAAGAAGAAGAAGGAACUGAUUUCUACUUCAGAAUUACUCAAAUUAAACCAUACAAACCCAUCAAACACUAAAGUAGUAGGGAAGGUAGAUGAAUCACAUUUGGGUUGUGAGAGAUGGUUUCCUUCUGCACCAGAAGUAAAGAAGCCUCGUUCUAUUUAUAAUGCUGCAUCUUUAGCAUAUCUUGGAGAUUGCAUUUAUGAGUUAUAUGCUCGUAGACACUUUUUGUUCCCUCCUUUGACCGUUGAGGAAUACAAUGACCGUGUUAUGGCUGUAGUGCGUUGCGAAGCUCAGGAUGCAUUGCUCAAAAAACUUCUCUCUGAUGACUUCUUAUCAGUAGAAGAGAGAGAUAUCCUUCGAUGGGGGAAAAAUAUCGACACUGGGAAAACAAAGACGACACGACGUGCUGGUGCAGCAGUGUAUAACAGAGCUUCAUCCCUUGAAACACUGGUUGGUCAUCUUUACCUGACAAACGCUGAACGAUUAGAGGAAAUUAUGGUGAGGAUGGGAUUUACUACUGGUAUUUCCACCCAAUCUAUUGUUGAAGAAAGGGAGAGCAAGACCAAAUAAAAUUGUCUUCAACUAAGUAUCUCUUUUUUCACCUUGAACUUGUUGUAUAUUUGGAGGCUCUUAAGAUUUUGUCUGACCUUCACUUUAGCCUUAGGGACUGUAACUCAGACUAACCGGUUGUAAAUAUAUUGAUUGCAAGUCAGUUAAGUUUUGUGGAUCGACUUCAGGAUCUUAGCCUAA